UUUCAGACAACACUCAGCAGUGCAUAGAAGUGAAUGUCUGUCGCACUGUCUGUCCCUAUAAUACUGCCAUUCAGUGCUAUUAUUCACUGAUUUCCAGUCCAUUAGACACUUGAAUACUGCGGACACACCACAAGAGUCACCCCAACACUGGUCUCCCUAUCAUUGAACCGCUAAUUGUGUCCACAUUUCCACUCAAAUGACUUGUUUUCACGAAACCAUUCAAAGAGUGGAGUGUUUCACAAAUACUGUGACCAAUUCAACCACUUUUGUGCCCACAAGACAUAUCUGCGCCCCAACUCAGUGACCAGCGAUGACAUCCAAGACAUCGAAAGGUGUCAAGUGUUUGGACGACAACUUCGUGAUGCCGUCCGACGUGAAGAGAGCCGGAUAUAUGAAGAAACUGAAGACAAUGAAGAGGAAGUAUUUUGUGUUGAGAGACAAUAACGACUCAAAUGAGGCGAACCUUUGCUAUUACGACAGCGAGAAGAAGUUCAGGAACUCUUCGGCCAAUUCACAGCCAAAACGAGUCAUUUAUCUGAAGGACUGUUUCAGUAUUAAUCGUAAAAUCGAUGGCAAACACAAGUAUGCGAUCGCUCUCUACACCAAAGAGGACUGCUUUACCACUAUUGUGGACGAAGAGGACAAUCUGAAGCAGUGGUUGGAAGCGCUCGUAGACUCGCAGCUCCUGUGCAAUGACUUCCGCACCGGUCAUUGCAUUCAAUACGAGCAUGUAUGGCAAGUGAAUAUCAAUCGCAAUGGUUUGGGCCAAACGCGGAACAUGAAUGGUGUCCAUCGGUUAUGUUUGACUGCAAACACUCUAUACAUCGUUAAAGUGGACGCCCAAUCAGAUCCUCCAGACGUAUAUGAGUUUCCAUUGAUAAGUAUCCGCCGGUGCGGCCAUACGACCAGUACUUUCUUCAUAGAGUUGGGCCGGUCUUCGAGUAUAGGACCGGGAGAUAUAUGGAUUCAGGCCGAGGACUCAGCCAUUGCUCAGAACAUGCAUGAAGUGAUUCUCGCGGCCAUGAGUUCGUCCAAAAAUCACGAAGACUUCGGACCCUCUCAGCGCCCCCGCAGUGCGUCCACCAGUGAUAAACCCAUUUCAAGUAGGCGUCCCACACAGACAUCGCAUACCAACCAAAAUGUAGCCUCGUUUGGGACCUCCUAUUCGUCGACCGCCACCACCACUACAGCUAAGAGCACGUCCACCAACAAGAACUCGAUUCGCGAGAGAUGUGACUCAAUGCCCUCCCGCUCCAGAACUACCAGUGAAUCUGAUUCCACUCAUGACUCCAGACAUUGGACUCCAGUUCACUAUCAAACCACCGAUCGGUUGCAUUCAGGAGUUAGCGCCAGAACUUUCUCUUAUUCGCCGCCUUCUCAUAAUCCGUUGAGGUAUAUGUCAUACCAUUCCUAUGCUUACACUCUAGACUAGAGUCAACACUAAAGUCUUGCCUUUAAUUGCAUCUUAUAGUCAGUCGAGUCAAUGAU